AUGGAUGCACAGCCCAUAAAUUCAUCGGACAAAGUGGUACAGUCUCCCACACGCAAAAUCGAUAAUCCUUAUCUCUCCCCACUGAAUACUUUCUCUGAUUCUGAGCGAAAUGAUUUUUCCAGCCCCAAUGAUCGGGAACCGACCCCUCCACCAGAACAUGACGAGCUUGCUGAUAUAUGCUACUGCUCUUGCUUGAGGCCAGUCGUUGGUGUUAUCGGACACGGCGGUUUCGUCGCAUCUGUUUACAACCUUGCGAGUGCUACACUCGGCGCUGGGAUCGUGACGGUACCUGGAGGUUUCCACGAUUCUGGAAUUAUUGUGUCUAUAAUCUUGCUGGCAGUGGUGUGUGCUUGCACGAUUUACUCUCUUCGCGUGCUUGUGGAGACCAAGGAGAUGACGGGCAUGCGUUCUUAUGAGGAGCUGGCUAGAUCGCUUCUUGGGAGGGGUUGGGACUAUCUUACGGCCUUUCUCAUGUUUGUGUUCUGCUGGGGUGUGUGUAUCGGCUAUGUCAUUUCCGUGGGUGAUAUAUUCGUCGCUAUGUUUCAAAAGGAGGGCGAACCGGAGUACCCCCGAAGCGGUCUAAAGGUCAGGCUUUUAACCGCUCUAGUUUGGUUUGUUGGAAUGCUGCCACCGUCUCUCCCAAAGCAGAUCAACUCGUUGCGGUAUAUGUCCUUCGUUGGGGUUACGAGCAUCAUAUUUUUUGUCAUCUGCGUGAUCAUUCACUUUUCUCAGAACUCCAACAGAACACCCAUCAAGAAUCUUAGAUUGGCUAGUUCUGGCAUGAGUGCUGUGAGGGGUCUGAAUUUAUUCAUUUUCUCCUUUAUUUGUCAGGUCAAUGUUUUUGAGAUCUAUGAGGAAAUGCACCAGCGCACUGUAAGCAAGAUGACUCGGGACAGUGCUAUCAGCAUGAUCCUUGUGGCUGUUUUGAACUUCGUCUCGGGCUUCUUUGGGUAUUGCGACUUCGGUGAGGGCGUGGAAGGGUCCCUGCUUCUCAUGUACAGACCAGCCAGUAGUGCGCUCUUUAUGAUCGCGUACAUUGGUAUAUGCAUUAAGGUGUGUGUAGGCUUCGCCAUUUGCAUUCAGCCGUCUCGUGAUGCGAUAUAUUACACCUUGGGCUGGGGCAAGACCAGUGAUGUGAAGACAUGGGUCAACCUUCUGAUAAGUGCUGCUUUGGCUGUAACGGCCUUCAUCUGUGGUUUGUUCAUCCCAAAUAUCGCUACUGUAUUUUCGUUCCUGGGCGGUAUCUGUGGUGGUGUGCUGGGCUUCUUAUUGCCUGCAUAUUUCUAUCUCUACACUGGUGGGUUCACGCUGAAGAAGAUGGGCACGAAGAAGUUCGUUUUCAACUCCAUCUGUUGCAUAGCACUACUGGUUGGAGGCGUGGUCGCAGUUGUUUUCGGAACCGCUGUGUCGAUUCAUGAUGUGGUCGCGCCUGAAUAA